AUGGAGGGAAAGAUUGAACACAUUGAUCUUUGUCCACUUAAAAGUGGAAGAACAAGAGAUGCAGUAGGCAGAAGCUUAUCAUGCACUUGCAAUAUUCAUCUAAAGGAGAUUGAAGUAAAAAGCUGUAGCAAUCUGCCACAAUUUGAGAAGGAAAAGGCUAACUUUACAUCACCCACUUUCUCUUCAACUUCAGCAGAUCAUACUGACAGCAGCAGCAGCAAUCUGCCACAAUCUGAGAAAGACAAGGUUAGAUUUACAUCAUCCACCUUCUCUUCAGCUUCAUCAGAUCGUACUGACAGCAGCAGCAGCAAUAUGCCACAAUGUAAGAAAGACAAGGCUAAGUUUACAUCAUCCACCUUCUCUUCAGCUUCAUCAGAUCAUACUGACAGCUGCAGCAGCAAUCUGCCACAAAGCGAUAAAGACAAGGCUGAGUUUACAUCAUCAACCUUCUCUUCAGCUUCAACAAAUCAUGUGCAGAAUUCUAGAUUGCUUUCAAGCAGCUUCACCUCGCCUGCUAGCUCGUCUUCACACAGCUACGACUCGCAUUCAUACAACUCUGACCCACUUUUAAAUGGUCUUUGA